CAUCGGAGUCCAACGAGCCAGAAUCCAGGGCCGAGCAAUAUGCAGAUGAAGAAUUCGAGCGCGACAUCAAAAUUCGCUUUAAGCGACCCACAUAUACGAAUGACGACUGUCCGCAGCUCCCGCAUGAGCUGAUCGAGCACAUCUGCGAGUCCCUUUGGAACGACCCACUGGUGCUUGCUAGCUGCAUGCACGUAUGCUGCGCUUGGUAUCACGCUGCACGCCGCGCGCUAGACAGGUCAAGCGAGCUCUUGUUGCGGAGCCGAGAAGACUUGCGCAUCCACGCGGACAGGCUGGUCGCUACCCGGAAAACGGGUUAUAACAGAAGAUUCCGCCAGAUGUUUGUCGAUGACAAUCCUCGCGAGCCGUUUGCACACGUCUGGCCGAUACUCAUACCUGGGAGUUAUCUACAAGACUUACUUGAACUGAAGCUUAGCGGUAUUGAUUGGACGACUACCAACCCACAUAAUACCUUCGAUAUAUGCCUGUCAUUCUACUCCGGCAUCACGAUCUUGUCUAUUACUCACUGCUCAUUUCGCACCGGAAGGGAACUCCGCCGAAUAACCAACGCACUAGGACGUCUUACAUCGCUAUCGCUUUCGAACAUUACAUUGCAGUACCCGGAACCUCUAUCGUCUCACGUCUCUGCACGUUGCGAGCUACUUCACCGAAUCUCAUUGACAGCGCUGGAUUCCCUGUCAUCGAGCAAUGACGUGCUAGGGCGAGGAGAGGCAGUUUCUAGGGCGGCACUGCGGCACACACUAGCUACGUAUUCGUCCGUCUUUUCCCUUGGGGUGGACUUAUCGUACUUCCCCUCGGUGUUGCAUCUCCUGCGAUAUCUGGCCCACUUCCCCCGAUUGGAUUCUUUGCGGCUGUCUGGUGAUGUCGACCCGGACGUAGAGAUUGGACCCACAGAUGCCGAUUCACCGCACACGGAAUAUACACUUACCCGCCGACUGUCAUCAUUUGCUCUCCAGGAGGUAGCCGAAACACCUGCACUACAGCUGUUGCGACUGCUGUCCACCCCCGGUGCACGCAGUUCCCUGCACAACCUCACUCUUGGACUCCAAUUCAGGCCAUCCGCGGAACUCCUCCUGUAUCUCACCCGUCUUCUGCACCUGUGUGGUCGAAGCCUGAAGCGAUUUUGGUGGGAAGUCGAUGGAGACUCACGGAUCAUCCCGCCACUCACGGCGAACGCGUCGCUCAAAGAUCUCGUAAUAUCAUUGAACCACGUUCCCCCGAGACUACGGACAAUUCAAAAUAUAUUCAAGACAGUGCUGUCCGACAUCACAAGCACACGACUAGGAUUGCUCUAUCUAAACAUCAAUUUAGAUGUACCCGAGCCGCUCCAAGCAGCGAUCGAGGAGACGUUCGAGGGGGCGGAUGCUUCGGAUUCUAUCUCCGCUUUCCACUCCAUUCUCUCCCGCAGCGUCUUCGACGAGCUUCCCACCGUUGGCUAUGAGACAGGCUAUGAGACAGGCGUACACAUCACCGUGUCGUGCAAUACCGAAGAUCUCCCAUCAGAUAUUGAAGCUUUGAAGCCUGCUUUCAUAUCGGCGAUCAAACCCCACGUACUCGCUCUCUUUUCGCCAUGGUUGGAUCGUGGAGUCUUGUGUCUCUGGCUCCGCCCAGACCCUCACGGCGAAGGACGGAUCACUCGCGCACCCACCGCUGAGAAGGCAGCACUGGAUGACGCACUUGUCUCGGAAGAUGUACCCAAGGAGGUCGGGGCGAACGGGAAUGGAGAGUCGACAUAGGACGAGGACGGGCAGAGUCAACCAGGAGGCGGAGGCGGGUGCGCAGGACCACGGUGUGAUGGAGACAUUUCAUCUUUGAUUCUGUUUGCACUCUUGAUCUCGUCUUCCUCGGACGACGCUGGUGUCUCAAGAGAGCAAGUGGAUCCAUUCGGUUGGCUUUUGUGAUUGCUUGAAUUAUUGGGGUUCCAAAGGCGGCGGAAGCAUAC